AUUCUUCAAAACUCAUAACGGCAUUGCUGAGAAAUAGAGAAAUCUCAAGGGCUAAUAAGUCCAUCAACAUUCUGAAAUCCAAAACCUCCCCACUGCCACUCCUGACUAGGGUUUUUGCCUUCAAUCUCUUGAAUCCCAUUUUCAUUAAUCCAAAGGUUUUGAUUCGGGGAGAAAGAGAUGCAGUCGCUGUACGGCAAACUUCGGCUUGUUAUGAAGCAAAUGGUCGACAAUGUGAAAAAUGUUGAACGAAUCGUAUCUUUUGAAUCGAAAUUCUUGGGUUGCUCGAUGAAUCAGUGGUCGGGGUUCAACUCUCCGCAAUCUUGUUCUAGCUCAGCAUUCUUCUUGGAGAGUCUUUUGCUUCAGAACAAAAGCUUUGGCACUAAAGUCGUCCUGCCAGCAUCCUCCAAAAGUUAUGGUAUAGUUUCAGAGUUGCCAUCUCUCAGAGGUCUAAGCUCAUGUUUGAAUCAGUCAGGUCCUUCGGUAUUCACUUUGGCAACUAGGAAUAUGACUACAGGAUCUACUUCUCAAGAUGUUUCUGCCUCUCCUGAUGUACCCCAACGCAUCAAAUUCAAGAGACUCGAUAAAACAGCAAGGCACAUAAUGCAGAUAAUUGAUAAAGAAGCAGUCGAGGAAGUGAAAACAAGCCGAGAGAUACCUGAAAUCAAGCCUGGUUAUAUAGUCCAGCUCAAACUGGAAGUACCGGAGAACAAGAGGCGUGUUUCAGUUAUAAAAGGCAUUGUUAUAGCUAGACGUAAUGCUGGUUUAAAUACGACUUUCAGAAUAAGAAGGCUUGUAGCUGGAGUUGGCAUUGAAUCUCUCUUCCCUCUGUAUUCUCCCAAUAUAAAGGAGAUAAAAGUGUUGGACAAGAAGAAAGUGAGGAGGGCCAAGCUUUACUAUCUCAGAGAUAAGAUGAACGCACUUAAGAAGCAAUAACCUCUUGUUUAGAUAGUGGAUAGAAAAGGUAUGUCUAUGUGCUGAUUGUGGGCUCUGCUGAGCAGUAGGAUGAGGUUAUCCUUAAACUAAUAAGACUUUCAUAUACACUGUUCCUUCAUAGUCAACUUGAGGAACCAAAGUUUGUGGAGACACAACUGGAUUGCUUAGCUAGCCGCAAACUGUUACACAUGCUCUCUCUUUGGCUUAAUUACUCGAGGAUGGAAUUUGUAGAGCAACUUCUAACGCAAGUAUAACACUUAUGUUGUUAUAAUUGUUUACGUAUUGAAUGUGAAGAAUAUAAAGCGUCGACGCUUUUGACACUGUCCUCGUUUAUUGAGAUGUGUUGGACAGUUGUAAUCAAGAAGUUCUUGCAGAAAAAACUACAUCUCUUUCGUAGGCA